UGUUCAUGGCAACCCCUGGGUGAGCCUCACCCAGCUUAGGUAACCAGCUUGACUGCAUAGACUUCAGACAACCAUGUGAAGGGGAGUCAGAGGCCAAGUUUCCGUCACCAUGGUGGAUGUGCAGUGUCUGAGUGACUAUGAGUUGCACAAACAACUGAAGAAGCUUGGAUUUUCAACUGGCCCAAUACUACCUUCCACCAGAAAAAUGUACGAAAAAAAGUUAGUACAAUUGUUGGUCUCGCCUCCCUGUGAAUUACCUGUCAUGAAGAGACCCCAAAAGCCUCCCUGUGAACUACUUGUCAUAAAGAGACCCCAAAAGCCUCCCUGUGAACUACCUGUCAUGAAGCGACCCAAAAAGCUGCAUGGAUUUGAGGACAGCGACGACAGUGAAGAUCCAGCGGUAAAUAUCGUUUUGAAAGGAAAUAUCAAAUUCUCAAAAGACAAAGGCAAGGAAUGUAAAAAAAAACCGGUCAGUGAGACGACAUGGCAGCAGGCAGACACGGGGAGGCCGAACUCUGACUGUAAAAACUGGAAGAUGCUAAUCAAGAAACCCGAGGCUUCUCCUAGUAAAAGAGGGACCUUAGACAUCUACCUGAGCCAGAAACCCACCAAGGGAGUCAGGUAUGCUGCAAGACUAAUCCCGAGGAUCCAGCAUGGGUGCUUUAACAAAGAGGACUCUUGUCAAGGGAACCAGAGCCCAGGGAGCAGGUUCCUGUGCCGGAACCCUGGGAAUAGCAUCCCGUGCCGGAACCCUGAGAACAGCAUCCCGUGGAGCUUGAAGCUGGCCAUCCUUGGCAUUUUCAUCAUCGUGUUGUUCGUCUAUAUAACCGUGGAAAAGAAGCCGCUCUUGCGUUAAACCCUUUAGGGGCAAAGCCGAAGGGCCGUGGCUACAGCUGGGCAGCCCCCCACCCCCUGCCCCGUGCGCUCCCUGCCCUGUACUGGCUCUCCAGGCUGCAUCUGGGUUCAGCUAGGUAGAGGAGCAAGGGCUAUGUGCAUGAUGGUCUGUAAGUCAAGUAAGCCAUCAUUAAAUGUGCUAACACAUCAGA